CGGGCGGAACCAAGUGUCGGGGCUGUGGAGGGCGGGCGGACGGAGUUGCCGCUGCACCGGCGGCCAUUUCCCCCUCAGUCGCAGCGGACGGGGACGGACUGAGGUCGGUGGAAGCGGCGCCGCGUCUCCUCGUCUCUCUGUGUCUCUCGCCCAGGUUUUGCAGACAUGUCUGAUUUUGUGGAGAGUGAAGCCGAGGAGUCUGAGGAAGAGUAUGAUGAAGAAGGUACAGUGGUGCCGAAAAAACCCAAGAAAUUCUUGGAAGACGAUGAUGAGGAAGAGGAAGAAGAAGAUGAAAAUGCAGAUGACCAAGACGAGCAGGGAAAUUUGAAGGACUUCAUUAAUGACGAUGUGGAGGAUGAUGAGGAGGAAGAGGAGGAGGAAGAUGCUGGCAGUCAAGGAUCUGGUGGUUCAGACUCCAUCGCAAAGAAAAGGAAACGCAAAACUUACGACGACAGGCUGGAAGAUGAUGAUUUUGACCUCAUUGAGGAAAACCUGGGUGUCAAAGUCAAACGGCAGCAGAAAUUCCGGCGUGUGAAGAAAGUAUCUGACGAUGAAGACGAGGAGGAGGAAGAAACGGCCAAGAAAGGACACGAGAAGGAGGCGAUUGCCGAUGAACUUUUCCCCGAGUAUGAAGGGGAGGAAGGAGAGCAGGUGGAAGUACCCGUGGUGGCGCCUGAGGAAGAAGAGGAGGAAGAGGAUGAGGAAUCAGAUAUUGAUGACUUCAUUGUUGAUGAUGACGGGCAACCACUUAAGAAGCCAAAAUGGAAGAGGAAGUUCCCCGGGUACACUGACGCUGCUCUUCAAGAAGCCCAGGAGAUCUUCGGAGUGGAUUUUGAUUACGACGAAUUUGAGAAGUACAAUGAAUACGAUGAGGAGAUGGAGGAGGAAUACGAGUUUGAAGAUGAGGAAUUGGGUGAAGGCGAAACCAGGGUUCGCCCGAAGAAGACCGCCAAAAAACGUGUCAGCAGGCGCAGCAUCUUUGAGAUCUAUGAGCCCAGUGAGCUGGAGAGCAGUCACCUCACAGACCAGGACAACGAGAUCAGAGUCACAGACAUGCCCGAGAGAUUCCAGCUUCGUGGCAUUCCAGUCAAACCCUGUGAAGACGACGAACUGGAGGAAGAGUCCGAGUGGAUUUACAGAAAUGCCUUCUCAACGCCCAGCAUUUCAUUGCAGGAGAGUUCUGAAUACCUGGAACGUGGGCAGGGUAUCAGCAACUUCAGUCGAAAAGGCCCGGCAACUAUCCAGAAGAUAAAAGAAGCUCUCAAUUUUAUGAGGAACCAGCACUUUGAGGUGCCUUUCAUUGCGUUCUACAGAAAGGAGUAUGUGGAUCCAGAACUGAAUAUCAAUGACCUGUGGAAGUUAUGGCAGUGGGAUGAGAAGUGGACACAGCUGAAGACUCGCAAAGAAAACCUGAACCGGCUAUUCCAGAAGAUGCAAGCGUACCAGUACGAACAAAUCUCUGCGGACCCCGACAAGCCCCUGGCCGAUGGCGUUAGAGCACUUGACACUGCAGAUCUUGAAAGACUGAAGGACGUGCAGUCGAACGAUGAACUGCAGGACGUGUACAAUCACUUCUUGUUGUAUUAUGGUCGUGAUAUUCCAAAAAUGCAAAAUGCAUUAAAACCAAGUAAGAAGAAAUACAAAAAGAGUCAGCAAGUUGGAGAGGAUGAGGAGGAAGGAGAACGAGAUGAGGAGGUUGAAGACGAUGAACGUCAUGGACCGGAGCUGAAGCAAGCCUCCCGCAGAGACAUGUACACUAUUUGCCAGAACGCUGGUCUAGAUGGGCUUGCAAAGAAAUUUGGGCUGACUCCUGAGCAGUUUGGUGAAAAUCUCCGAGACAGUUACCAGCGCCAUGAAACCGAGCAAUUUCCUGCGGAACCACUGGAAUUGGCGAAAGAUUACGUCUGCAGCCAAUUUCCAACCCCUGAGGUUGUACUGGAAGGCUCCCGAUACAUGGUGGCCAUGCAGAUUGCCCGAGAACCAUUGGUCAAGCAGGUUCUAAGACAGACCUUUCAAGAGAGAGCCAAGAUAAACAUUACUCCCUCGAAGAAAGGCAAAAAGGACAUUGAUGAAGUGCACUACGCUUAUUCUUUCAAAUACGUAAAGAAUAAGCCUGUCAAAGAAUUGAGAGAUGAUCAGUUCUUGAAGAUAUGCCUUGCUGAGGAAGACGGCUUGCUAAGUAUGGAGAUCUGUAUUGACAUGAAGGGACUUGACAGUUACGGCAAUGAGCAGACCUAUUUUGAUGAAAUCAAGCAAUUCUACUACCGUGAUGAAUUCAGUCACCAAGUGCAAGAAUGGAACAGGCAACGCAGCAUGGCAAUCGAGCGGGCUCUGAAUCAGUUCCUCUACCCACUGAUGGGCAAGGAGCUGAAAAACAAGUUGCUCAUUGAGUCACGAGAUUAUAUUUCAAAGUGUUGCAGUCGCAAGCUAUACAACUGGUUGAAGGUUGCGCCAUAUCGGCCUGACCAGCAAAACGAUGAGGAUGACGAUGACUUUAUGGAGGAAAGUCAGAGCAAAGGUGUCCGAGUGUUGGGGAUGGCGUUUACAGACGAAAGGGAUGCGCCGUCAUUCUGUUCUCUUGUCAAUGGUGAUGGGGAAGUGACAGACUUCCUUCGACUGCCUUAUUUCUUAAAGCGGAGGAAUGCCUGGCGUGAGGAAGAACGAGAGAGGAAGGCAAAGGAUAUUGAAAGCUUGAAAAAGUUUCUUCUGAGUAAGAAGCCUCAUGUGGUGGCGAUCGGUGGGGAGAACAGGGACGCACUUAUGGUUGUAGAGGAUAUAAAACGAAUUGUCAAUGAACUGGAGCAGGAGCAUCAAAUGUCACCUAUUGGAGUGCACUUGGUGGACAAUGAGCUGGCCCUUCUCUAUAUGAAUAGCAAAAAGUCCGAGAAUGAAUUUCGGGAUUACCCACCGCUGUUACGUCAGGCAGUGUCACUGGCUCGCAGGGUUCAGGACCCACUGGUCGAGUUUGCUCAAGUCUGCAGCUCUGAUGAUGACAUUAUUUGUCUCAAAUUGCACCCCUUGCAGGAACAAGUUAUAAAAGAAGAAUUACUGGGUGCGCUUUACUGUGAAUUCAUUAACCGAGUGAAUGAAGUGGGUGUGGAUGUAAACAGAGCGAUAACACAUCCACACACUCAAGCACUGGUUCAAUAUGUUUGUGGUCUGGGGCCACGUAAAGGAUCGCACCUGCAGAAGAUCCUCAAACAGAAUAACACUCGCUUGGAGAAUAGGACCCAGCUCGUCACCAUGUGCCACAUGGGUCCAAAGGUCUUCAUCAAUUGUGCGGGAUUUAUUAAAAUAGAUACGGCGUCUUUAGGGGACAGUACUGAUUCCUACAUUGAGGUCCUGGACGGAUCAAGAGUUCAUCCUGAGACGUACGAAUGGGCCAGGAAAAUGGCGGUGGACGCUCUGGAAUACGAUGAAUCGGCAGAGGAUGCCAACCCCGCUGGGGCGCUGGAAGAAAUUCUGGAAAACCCUGAGCGACUAAAAGAUCUCGACCUUGACGCAUUUGCGGAAGAGCUGGAAAGGCAGGGCUAUGGUAACAAAGGCAUCACACUGUAUGACAUUCGAGCCGAGCUGAGCUGCAGAUACAAGGAUUUGCGUAUACCUUGCCGUGCACCAAACUCUGAGGAGAUCUUUAACAUGCUCACAAAGGAAACUCCAGAGACAUUCUACAUUGGUAAAUUAAUAACGUGCAACGUGACAGGAAUUGCUCACAGGAGGCCUCAGGGUGAGAGUUAUGAUCAGGCCAUCAGGAAUGAUGAAACCGGCCUUUGGCAGUGUCCUUUCUGCCAGCAAGACAACUUUCCGGAGCUUAGCGAGGUGUGGAAUCAUUUUGACAGCGGUGCGUGUCCUGGUCAGGCUAUCGGGGUGAAAACCAGGCUGGACAACAACGUCGCAGGUUUUAUCCCGACAAAAUUCCUGAGUGACAAGAAUGUGAAACACCCCGAAGAAAGGGUCAAGAUUGGCAUGACUGUACAUUGCCGAAUGAUGAAGAUCGACAUUGAGAAGUUCAGUGUGGACCUCACGUGCCGAUCGUCGGAUCUGAUGGAUAAGAACAACGAGUGGAAGUUGCCCAAGGACACCUAUUACGAUUUUGACUCUGAAGCGGGAGAUCAAAAGGUCGCAGACGACGCAAAGAAAAAGCAGCAGCGCACAACCUACAUCAAGCGGGUAAUUGUGCACCCGUCAUUCCACAAUAUCAACUUCAAGCAGGCGGAGAAGAUGAUGGAGACCAUGGAUCAGGGCGACGUCAUCAUCAGGCCCAGCAGCAAAGGGGCAAACCACCUGACCGUCACCUGGAAAGUGAGUGACGGCAUCUACCAACAUAUUGACGUGAGAGAAGAAGGCAAGGAAAAUGCCUUCAGUUUGGGACAGUCUCUGUUGAUUAACAACGAGGAAUUUGAAGACCUCGAUGAAAUUACGGCUCGUUUUGUGCAGCCAAUGGCAUCUUUUGCUCGUGACUUGAUCUAUCAUAAAUAUUACCAUGAUUGCAAUGGUGGAGACCGCAAGAAAAUGGAAGAGCUCCUCACAAAAUCCAAAAGGGAAAAGCCUUCUUUUAUUCCCUAUUAUGUGGCCGCAUCAAAGGAACUGCCGGGAAAGUUUUUGUUAGGCUACCAACCCCGAGCCAAACCAAGGGUGGAGUUUGUUACUGUCACCCCAGAAGGGUAUCGGUACAGAGGGCAGGUGUUCUCAUCUGUGAAUGGUUUGUUCAGGUGGUUUAAAGACCAUUUCCAGGACCCAGUGCCAGGUAUAACACCUUCAAGUACAAGCAGAUCUAGUAGAACUCCUGCCUCAAUGGAUGCAACACCAGCUAAUAUUAAUUUGGCAGAUCUUACCCGAGCAGUGAAUGCUCUCCCACAGAACAUGACCACGCAGAUGUUUAACGCCAUUGCCGCCGUUACCGGGCAGGGACAGAAUCCAAACGCCACGCCGGCGCAGUGGGGAUCCAGCCAGUACGGCUACGGAGGAGGCAGUGCCUACCACGUCUUUGCCACUCCUGCACAGCAGCCCGUGGCCACGCCACUGAUGACGCCGAGUUACUCGUACACCACGCCCAGCCAGCAGCCCAUCACCACGCCCCAGUACCAGGGCAGCAGCACGCCCCAGACCCCCGCCUCAACGCGACAACGCUCGCAGCCCAAGACCUCCACUGCACACACUGCAGUUGACUGGGGCAAGAUCGCUGAGCAGUGGCUGCAGGAGAAGGAGCAGGAGCGGAAAAAGCAGAAAGGCAAGAUGACACCCAGACCGUCGCCCAGCCCCAUGAUCGAGGGCACCCCGAUGUCCAUCGCUGGCGAUGCCACACCUUUACUGGACGAAAUGGAUCGAUAGGGCAGGGCAAAACCAACCAAUUGAACAUUGAUUCCCCCCCCCC